AUGCCUCCCAAGAAGAUCAUUCGAGCUAAUCCCCCCGCGAUCGACCUCUCAGCGAUCCCGCCCUCCCUACCUCCCUCUGUCGAAGAGGCCUACCGGAGAAAAUGCGUCCAGCUCAAGCAGCGCACCGGCGAGGUCGAGGAGGAAAACGACGCGACUCGCAUCCGUCUCGCCCGGAUCCGACGACAGAUUGAGAAGCUGCGGAUGGAGAGAGCCUUUUUGCUGGAGCAGCUGGCCAAGAGAACAAGCACCAACGUGGAGGAUUCAGACGGCAGCCCGAGCCCGCCACCGACUCCGCAAGAAAAGCCUCUGCGUACGAAGCGCGGUCACCGCAAGCCCUCGGUCCUCGCCGAGAUCGACUCCGCCGCCAAGGCCAACUCCAGGCCGCUCAGCCAGACCGCCGCGACCAUCUCGCCCAGCUCCGAAACCUUCUCCCAUACCCAGGGCGGCGACACUCAGGCGUCGGGGCGCACCAACGGUGUCGCGAAACCGCCCAAGCGCCCCGGCAACGCGUUCGAGCUGUACUGCGCCGACACGCGGCCGGCUCUCGAGGAGAAGAGCAAGGACGACGCCGACGUCAACGUCGACGAAGAGCUCGCCCGCGGCUGGAAAGACCUGCCAGAUGGCGAGAAGGCGGAGUUCCAGACGCGCUCCGAGGAGGAGAUGGCCAAGUACCAGAAGGACAAGGAUGCCUUCGCAGCCAAGAGCAAGAGCGCCGAGCCCAAGGAUGAGGAGGAGCGUGAGAAGUCACCAGAGGCGGCGCCUGCGGCAUCACAAGACGAAGAUGUAGAAAUGGCCAAUUACGACACCGAGGAGCAACCGGAGGACACUCCGGCUGCCGACGACAAGGACGACAAGGCGGACGACUGA